UGCUUUUCUCCUUUCUCCUAAUUCUCCCUCCCAUCCUGCUGCAGGAUAUGCGCGAAAACAGAAAAGGAUAUCAAUCAAUCAAAAUCCUACAUUGAAAUAAGGAAGAGGUCACAUACUCAAGUUUUCCAUGAUGCAGACGGCUAGAAAAAUAUUUCCCAGAGCAGUAGUGACAUUCUCAAGAACCCUCCAAACAUCUUCAUGCGUGAAGAAAUCUUUUAAAGUUCAAGAUGACCAGGACUUCAUGGAGAAAGUGGAAAAUAGCAAGAAGCCAGUAAUUGUUGACUUUUUUGCUACUUGGUGUGGACCAUGUAGAGCAUUGGAACCUAGAUUAGAAAAUGUAGUUGCAAAACGUAGUGAUAAAAUAACCUUAGCAAAGGUUGAUGUAGAUUCGUUGGGAGAGUUGGCUGCAAAAUAUGAGGUUGGGACUAUUCCUGCAUUGGUGAUUUUCAAAAAUGGCAAAGUAGAAAGCAGACUUGUUGGUCUACAAGAUGAAGAUAAAUUGGGUAACUGGUUAGAUGCUACUCUAGAGGAAAAAUAAAUGUAUAAUAUGUAUACAACACAAGAUGAAAAUAUAUAAAAGAUAACAAAUUAUGUGAAUUAAAAUGUUUGUUAGAAAUUCAUUACACUGAGCUAGUCACACAUACUUUCAAGAAUUAUUUUUUGUUGAAAAUUUUUCUGUUCUUGUUAUGUAUAUUGAAUCUUUCCUAUGUUUGUAUAUUUGAAUUAUUUUGGUUGAGAACAUUGUGAACUAUAUGACAAAAUUUAUGAAAUUUGUGUGUGGAAGUAAUAAAAAUAGUCAAUGUCGA